CUGUGUCGACCUGGAACAGUCUCAUACGGAUCCAUGACAUGCAACUUUUGCGCUUUAAUUGUGUGCACACUUUGUGUUCCCGACCGAGUGGAAAGAAAGAGACAAUGGGGUUGACAAGUCAGCCCAGCUUCAGAAGUGAAUGGCACACGCUACCUUACGAAGCCUACGCUAGUUUCAACACUUCGUCCGUCGCCCUGAAAGUGAUGGUUUCCAUGGCGCAGAUGCAGGAGCUGCCAGGGCAGAAACAGAACAUGCCACGGCACACUGCACGGUACGCAUGAAGCUGUAACCCUUCUCCGCUGCCCAUUGCCCCCUUUUCAGCCUAUCUGCCGCUGAAUUCGGAAGCAAACUCUGGAGCGGUUGGUUAGAAGAGGACAAGAUCCGGCAUCCGGCACUCACCAUUCGGCAUUGGUUUUGAUGUUUGCGCGUCCUCCCCCACUGUGCCCCGGAUCAGCUUCAUGAUACAACUCUCCAGCCAAAUCCUCCCAUUGGCACUUCACGUCACUACAAGAAGAACUCCGAGACAUGUUCAGGGUCCAGAACAGAACACGACGGAAUACAACCCCCCUUUUUCUGAAGCGUAUCCUGAGUGCAGAUUGGUCGCUGCUAUCGUGGCACUGGACGAUUGUCUCCGGCAGUCUUCCGCAACCGCCCCACCAUCUUCAACCACCCAAAAGAUCCAAGACUCCAACUCGAUUAACUCUUUGCAUCGGCGCUAUGAAAAGACAAAAGCAAACCAAGCAGCAGCACCUAUCCUUCUCCUUUACUCUGCGCCGCCAAAAUCCCUCCUUCGAGUCUCUGUCACCGGGCGGCAAAAAAAUGCGGGGGAAAGGGGGCAGGGAAGAUGCACACCCCCGCAUCUUGGUCACCAUGGAUGGAUGGCGUCAAUCUUGGUGGGAAUUCCCGAAGGCAAACGAAUGAGGCCUGCAGACGAUCGUGGGGUGAUCUCUGUGGCCAGCACGGCGGACAAGUGCAUCCAGUGACGGUGUGCGGACAUGGACGCAGAGCCUCAAACGAAUUCACGGUCGGAAAACAAAGAAAUGGUCCCAAUUUCAACUUGCCAAUGGUGAUAGCAUCUGUUCCCGAUUGGACCGGCCAAGCGAGCCCGUUUUGGCGCCUCCCGCCCAUUCGUUUCCCUCCGCACGAUGUGACGAGGCCGACGAGAGGGUUGCAGAGCGGACAGACCUCACCCGACCUCGGACAACAGAGAAAUAACAGUCUGGAAAUGCUACGGCCGGUCGGGCCCUCGGCAGUGAGCCGGGCAUCCUCGGCCAGGCACAAAAGCAGCCCCGAAGAUGGCCGUCAUGAGGAGCAUCACCAAAAUCUGCCAAGGGGCAGUUCAGGAGCCACUGGCUGUCAGAAGUCAAAAAGUGUUCCAACCUUCGACAAGCGUUCUCGCUGCUUCCUGCCUUCUCCCCCCUGAUGGCUAUAUUCACGCCCCCCUCCCCCCCUGGCCGUUAACCGCGCACAUCCGUCCCACCAUCACGGGUCCGUCAAUGCUUCCGCGAUCCAAUAAAACGGCUGUUCCUGACGCUUAACCUCAUUGGGGCUGGCCCCGCGGGGACGCAACCUCCACUCCCACGAGAGCCCCCUGGAUUUUUCAGCACCCCUGGGCCUGUGAGUGAUGCAAAAUAUCGCAAUCAAUUCAUCAUCUGGCUUCAUCCUGAGAUCCGACAGAAGAACAAGAGCCAAAAGAAUGGGCAAGCUUGCGCAGUCUGCAGGGGCAUUAGGGGUUCAAGUCAACAAAAUGCAGAGACAUCAAAGCGUAUGUCUCGCGAUCUCGCUGGAGCUGAAUGAAGAACAAACAGCUCCAUCCUGCGACAAGGACAUUCUUUCGAACACUGCCGAUCGCCUCCCUCCCCGCCCCCCAACCAAGGGAUGGUAAAAGAAACCAUUUGCUACCUGCACAAGACCCAACAGUAGGUAUCACGGUUUCUCAGCAUCGCACUUGUUACAGUGCAAGGCACUGGCUGGGCCUCCGCGGUGCCGUCGGAGGGCUUGACUGGCAGCACAAAGCCUCGCCUUCGGCGCCGACAGAAGGAAUUUCGAAAAACACGCCGACAUGGCUGACUUGUUCCACCACCACCACCACCACCAAAAGAUCCAGCAAUCAACUUCUGCGCCGCCUUUGCUUCUUCUCAUUACCCAACAGGCGGAAAAUGUAAAUUUCCUCUCCACUCAAGGCCAAAGCCCCGGAGCUGAGAAAUGCAAAAAAAAAGUGAACAAAACUCCACUGUGCGCAAUAUCGGACACCACCGUGAUCGCUCGGCAAUGUCGUCGUCGUCAUUAUGACCGGCACAUCGUGGAAAUCGUCGAUUGCUUUCCAAGGUUUGCAAUGCCGGGUGUUGGGAAUUAGCUCCUGAUCAAGGCUGAAACCAGUGGGAAUUCCCCUCGUGGCACUUGUGGUUGCUGGGCAAUUUUCCCGUUGCCUUGGAACGAUUUCCGGGUCGCGGUGGGGAGAGAGAUGAUAGCGGAUCCUCGGAAGUACCAGAAGAGGGAAGGGAUCUUCCGCGAUUUACUUCGCACUACCGGGGGCAAUAUCCGGAGAAGUGUUCUGGACUCGGGCCUUUGGAACGACGGGGAGAUGUCGGCUUGGAGACAAUUUUCCUCACAGAAUUUCCGGUGAGUUCUACCAAGGAUUGAUCAUCAACACUCUUCCUCCCUCCGUCCCCGUCCUCGGACCCGGGUUGCACACCUCACCUUGGAGGUCCAUUGUCCCACGGGGGAGCGAGGCACGACGGCCGUGCUCCGUUCCACGGCAUCAUACACACCAACACCUGACUCUGUCUUGCCAAUACAUACCUCGUUGCGUGAUAGGAUUACAAGGCUAGGGUUCGACAUUCCUAUUGUGUGACAGGCAAUUUCUUCAAGCGCACCACUAUUAGCCAGAGAAUGCGCUGAUAUGUUCCUAUACCCCGGGAUGCGCCUUGCGCGAGGUAUUCCCUCCAUACGCCGACGCGUCUUUCCCCCAUGCGGGGUAAUAUCGAUAUUUGUGCCUGACCAGAAGUGAGGGGAGAAUGACGGGAUUGCGCAGACGCGAGGAAGAUGGGCAAAAGCUUAACAUUACCAUUGGCAUUGUGUUGCAGAUGCACCUUAACGGCGUCAACCGCUUCCCGCUCGGUAAACUCACCUUGAUCAGGCGAGCCUCGCGAUGCUUCGGCGUUCUCGUAUUCUACACCAAGGCUACUUUCCACCAUCUGUGAUACAGAGUACAAAGAAGGGUGAGCAGCUCUCCUGUGUGUUUCCCCCCAUCUUUCCAGCCCCGGGAGGGGAUGAUACUGGGAGCCCGCCUUGCCGGCCGAGACAAUGAAUAGUAACCCGGAUAAUUCUCAUCAAGUGGUGGUGGUCAAACCGGCUGGUGAUGGCUCAAGGGUGGUUGUGCAUUUUGUGGCUGGGCCUUUCGGGAAUUGGACCACGGCGCCGCGGGGGAAGGGCGGGACGGAGCGAGAUGCGAUAGGGUAGGUCGGUAGGUCCUCUGCGAGAUGGCGGUUGGAUUAACCCGGUUUUGAGGUGUUUUGAAGAUUGGUCCUUAUUUCAAGGGGCUCGCUCAUUUGCCACUCUUUUCAUUCUGUGACCAAGAUUUAUUGGAUUGAGGCCAGAAAAAUAAAAGCGAGGCAAGCGCCUGGAUAUUUCUUGUGGUGGUGGUGGUGGUCAUGAUCGAUUGGAUGGGGGCGACUGGGGAUCACUUUAUCGCGAUAAGAUGUUGCUUGGGUGUAUGUGCUGCCACGAUGCAAUUCUGCUUUGUCCCGAUGGGCAGUUGCAUCGUGUGUGUCGUUGGGCUGAGAGAGGGACCUGCUCGAUGGGGGAUGGUUUGGUGUCACAUGAAGCUAUAUUGAAGCUGCAAAUAAAGCAUGGGCAUACCUUGCUUCUUCAUGACUCACCUGUGAGGGAUGAUCUGAGUGUGAACUUGGAGGUACUAGGCAACAUGAAACAUCGGUUAUUACCUUGGGUGUGGCGGUAUCCAAAUGAGGGGAGCUUUCGACUCCAUGGGAUACAUCACUCUGAUGAGGUCUUGGAACAAAGAAAGAUGGGAUGGUUGAUGAUGGAUGACACCCCUCGACAGUUGAGGUUUGGGUGCUGACGGAUGCCCUGCUGGUGACCCAGCGCACCGGGACCGACCCCGCCAUGGCCACACCGCGGCCCGGGCCUUGCAGCAAACAACCCAUGUGCAGCUCUCAACAAACAACAGGCGGUCAGAAAGAUCUCACUCUCACAAAAAGAAGGACUUUUUGUCAUACAACAUCCAUUUCAUCUCACUCAUCUCACUCGUUCAUCAUCCGUCAGGCUGUCUUGGUGACCCUGUUUCUCACUGCCGCUAUCUGCCUGGCUGCUCUCGGUACCAGCCUAACGAAUCGCCACCCAGCUUUGUGACAUGCAUUGAUAGCCGCAUAACACUACCAUCUUAGCCCGCCAACUCACCACACACAUCAUCCUGCCCCUCAUGAAGUGUCUCAAGAACAUUGGCCGCUAUACCAGCUUCUGGGGCCCAAACCCACGAUCUGCAGGCGGAGGAAGUGCAGCUGGCAAGACCCCAAAGUGGAAGCUCAGCACCAAGAAAGCCGCCAUCUCGGUGCUGUCAGCCAUUCAAACCCUCGCCAACCCGCACACAUCUCGAAAUCAUCAAAAGUCUAUCCUCAUCGAGCAAGGGCACAGGGAUGAGUUUGUACCAUACAAGGCCCCUUCAGAACUGCCAUUCUAUGGCCGCAGUCCACCGGUUUAUCCUGCCCCAACCGCCAACGGCACCACCCCCCUCUGGUCCCACCCCCACCACCUCGCCUCCCUCCUCGUCUCCAACCUCACCCUCCAAGAAAAACUCAACCUCACCAUCGGCCAUGCGGGCCCUUGCGUGGGUAACACCGCCCCAAUCCCCAGACUAUCCAUCCCCUCCCUCUGCAUAGCCGAUGGCCCUGCCUCUCUCCGCGGCCAGGAAUAUGUCUCCGCCUUUCCCGCGGGUAUCCAUCUCGCCGCAACCUUUGACACAGAUCUCAUGUCCCUUUAUGGCCGCGCCUUAGGUAGGGAGUUUCACAACCGCGGUGUGAACAUUGCUCUUGGUCCCGUCGCCGGGCCCAUAGGCAGGAUAAUCAAAGGGGGCAGGAGCUGGGAAGGGGGGGGACCAGACCCCUAUCUGGCGGGAAAGUUAUUUGGGAAGGUGACAAGAGCUAUGCAAGAGCAGGGUGUGGUAGCGGUGGGGAAACACUGGGUGGGAAAUGAGCAGGAGACGAGGAGGAGGUUGGAUUGGGAUACUGGACGGCAUGCUGUUAGUGCCGAGGUUGAUGAUAGGACGUUGCAUGAGGUGUAUGUUUGGCCUUUUAUGGAGGGGUUGAAGGAGGGGAUGGGGGGGGUGAUGUGUAGUUACCAGCGGGUUAACCACUCGUAUGGGUGUCAGAAUUCCAAGUUGAUCAAUGGGGUGUUGAAGCAAGAGUUGGGGUUUGAGGGGUUUGUGGUUAGUGAUUGGGAUGGGCAGGUCAGUGGGGUGGGGAGUGCGAAUGCGGGGUUGGAUUUGGUGAUGCCGGGGAAGGGGUUUUGGGGGAGCAGUUUGGAGGAGGCGGUGAGGAAUGGGAGUGUGGGUGAGGAGAGGGUGGAUGAUAUGGCGAGGAGGGUGUUGGCGGGGUGGUAUCUGCUGGGCCAGGAUAGGGGAUAUCCGGAGAGGGCGAUAUGGGGGAAUUUGGAGAGGCAUGGCGCGGUGGAUGUGAUGGAGGAUCAUGGGGAGUUGAUUAGGGAGAUUGGGGCGGCGGGGACGGUGGUGGUGAAGAAUGAGAAGGGGACGUUGCCGUUGGGGAAGAAGCGGAGGUUUGUUUGCGUUUUCGGGUAUGAUGCUCAGGUGAAGGCCAGUCCGUGGACGAACAGGGAUCGGUAUGGGGGUGGGUAUGAGGAGAAUAAUGGGUGGGAGACGUUUAAUGGGACCUUGAUUACUGGGGGUGGAUCGGGGAGUACCACACCGCCGUAUGUGGUCAGCCCGUUUGAGGCGAUUCAGCAUCGAGUACGCAAAGAAGGGGGCAUUCUUCGCUGGGACUUUUGGUCUGGCAACCCCACGCCAUACUUCAACGCAGACGCCUGUACAGUCUUCAUCAACUCUUACGCAUCCGAGACAUUCGACAGAAAGAACCUGACCGACAAAUUCAGCGACGACCUCGUGCUCAACGUAGCCAGCUGGUGCAGCAACACCAUCGUCAUCGUCCACUCCACCAGCAUCCGCUUAGUCGAAGCAUUCAUCACCCACCCCAACGUAACAGCCGUCGUCAUGGCCGGCCUACCAGGCCAAGAAUCCGGCAACAGUCUGGUUGACAUUCUCUGGGGCGACGUCAACCCAUCCGGCCGCCUGCCAUACACCAUUGCCAAAUCAGAGCAAGACUACGGCGCUGUCCUCGAUCCAGCAGGAGCAGAAGAUGAAGACUUUCCCGAAGAUGACUUUUCCAGAGAGGGUGUCUUGCUCGAUUACCGAGCCUUUGACAGAGAUGGCAUCACACCCAGAUUCGAAUUCGGGUUUGGAUUGAGCUACACCUCAUUCUCGUAUUCAUCCUUGCAUACCACUGCCAAACCCCGUGUCGAUACCAACAUGGGGGAGUGGCCCGAGAAAAACAAGGAAAUCGUUCAAGGCGGACAUCCAGACUUGUGGGAUGUAGUGGCGGUAGUGACAUGUCACAUCACCAAUACUGGCGAUCUGCACGGAGCAGAGGUUGCGCAGCUUUAUCUCGGUGUGCCGAAUUCUGAAAAGGACGGGAAGACACCGGUUAGACAGCUGAGAGGGUUCAAGAAGGUUGGACCUCUUGCGCCGGGGGAGACAAAAAAGGUGAUCUUUGAGUUGACAAGAAGGGACUUGAGUGUGUGGGAUGUCGUCAAGCAGCAGUGGAGGAUGAGGAGGGGAGAGUACAAGGUUCAGAUCGGGGCGAGCAGUCGGGAUUUGAGGUUGGAGACGGCUAUCAUUCUGGAAUAGAUGGACAUCAGAGGAUGUAAGGCGCCA